AUGGGGGAGGUGGAGCCGGGGCCCGCGGGCCCGCUCGAGCCCCCGGAGCCACCCGAAGCGCCCGCGAGCCGCCUGCCGGGAGGGAUCCGGGUCCUGAAGAGAAAUAUGAAACGCAAUGGGAGCAGGAAUUGUUUGAAUAGGCGAAGUAGGUUUGGUUCUCGAGAAAGAGACUGGCUGAGAGAAGAUGUCAGGAGAGGUUGCGUCUACCUGUAUGGAGCCGACUCGACCUCUGCUGCUGCAACCGCCGCCACCUCCUCUGACUUACAUCUUGUCCUGUGCACCGUGGAGACACCAGCCUCAGAAAUCUGUGCUGGGGAGGGAAGGGAAAGUCUUUAUUUACAGCUUCAUGGGGACCUAGUCAGGAGACUGGAACCUACUGAACGACCUCUGCAGAUUGUUUAUGAUUACUUAUCCAGGCUGGGCUUUGAUGACCCUGUGCGCAUACAGGAAGAGGCAACAGAUCCUGACCUUGGCUGUAUGCUUCGAUUUUAUGGUGAGAAACCAUGCCAGAUGGAUCAUCUGGAUCGAAUCCUUCUGUCUGGCAUCUAUAAUGUACGCAAGGGGAAGACCCAGCUGCAUAAGUGGGCUGAACGCCUAGUUGUUCUCUGUGGCACCUGCCUCAUCGUUUCCUCAGUGAAGGAUUGUCAGACUGGAAAGAUGCACAUUUUGCCUCUGGUUGGGGGAAAGGUGGAAGAAGUGAAGCGACGGCAGCACUCCCUUGCGUUCAGCUCAGCCGGAGCCCAAGCUCAGACCUAUCAUGUCAGCUUUGAGACGUUGGCUGAGUGCCAGAGAUGGCAGCGACAAGCAUCCAAGGUGGUGUCCCAGCGAAUCAGCACUGUUGACCUGUCCUGUUACAGCCUUGAGGAGGUUCCUGAGCAUCUCUUCUACAGUCAAGAUAUCACCUACCUCAAUUUGCGACACAACUUCAUGCAGUUGGAAAGACCUGGGGGCCUUGACACUCUUUACAGAUUUUCUCAGCUAAAGGGCCUGAACUUGUCCCAUAAUAAACUUGGGUUGUUUCCUGUAUUGUUAUGUGAGAUUUCUACCCUGACUGAGCUCAACCUCUCCUGUAACGGAUUUCAUGACCUGCCGAGUCAGGUUGGCAGUCUACUAAAUCUUCAAACCCUCUGUCUUGAUGGCAACUUUCUGACGACUUUACCGGAAGAAUUGGGAAAUCUGCAACAGCUUUCUUCCCUGGGAAUUUCCUUUAAUAACUUUAGUCAAAUUCCUGAGGUUUAUGAGAAACUCACUAUGUUAGAUAAAGUGGUGAUGGCAGGAAAUCGCCUGGAAGUCCUAAACCUUGGGGUGCUGAACAGGAUGAGCCAUAUCAAACACGUGGAUUUAAGGAUGAACCAUUUGAAAACCAUGGUUACUGAAAAUCUGGAGGGCAAUAAGUACAUCACCCACAUGGAUUUGCGGGACAAUCAACUGGCUGACUUAGAUCUUAGCUCCUUAUGUAGCUUGGAGCAGCUUCACUGUGAACGGAACCAGCUGAGAGAGCUGACACUCAGUGGCUUCUCCCUGCGAACUCUCUAUGCCAGUUCCAACAGGCUGACAGCAGUGAAUGUCUAUCCAGUACCCAGUCAACUCACUUCUCUAGAACUUUCCCGAAAUCUGCUAGAGUGUGUCCCUGACUGGGCCUGUGAAGCAAAGAAGAUGGAAAUAUUAGAUGUGAGCUAUAAUCUUCUGACAGAGGUUCCCAUGAGAAUCCUUAGUAGCUUGAGUCUCAGAAAGAUGAUGGCGGGGCACAACCAGGUGCAGAGCCUGCCAGAGCUGGUGGAGCACAUCCCUCUCGAGGCGCUGGAUAUUCAGCAUAACCUACUCACCAGGCUGCCAGAUACGCUCUUCUCCAAGGCCUUAAAUCUCAGAUACUUGAAUGCCUCUGCAAACAGUCUAGAGUCUUUGCCGUCUGCUGGCGCAGGCGAGGAGAGUCUGAGUGCUCUGCAGCUGCUCUACCUGACCAACAACCUCCUGACAGACCAGUGUGUGCCUGUUUUGGUGGGCCACCCACACCUGCGAAUCUUGCAUCUUGCCAACAACCAGCUACAGACCUUUCCUGCAAGCAAACUAAAUAAAUUGGAGCAACUGGAGGAACUGAACCUAAGUGGCAACAAGCUUAAAACCAUUCCCACGACCAUAGGCAACUGCAAAAGGCUUCACACCCUUGUGGCACACUCCAACAACAUCAGCAUUUUCCCCGAAAUCCUGCAGCUGCCUCAGAUCCAGUUUGUAGACCUAAGUUGCAAUGACUUGACAGAAAUCCUGAUUCCAGAGGCUCUGCCUGCUACUUUACAAGACCUUGACCUGACCGGAAAUACGAAUCUGGUUCUGGAACACAAGACGCUGGACACAUUUAGCCAUAUCACCACCUUGAAAAUUGAUCAGAAACCUUUGCCAACCACCGAUCCUACAGUUACAUCAAGCUUCUGGAGCCAUGGACUGGCUGAGAUGGCAGGGCAGAGAAAUAAGCUGUGUGUCUCUGCCCUAGCUGUGGAUAACUUUGCAGAAGGGGUGGGCACUGUGUAUGGCAUGUUUGACGGGGACCGAAACGAAGAGCUCCCUCGCCUACUCCAGUGCACGAUGGCAGAUGUGCUUCUGGAAGAAGUACAGCAGUCGACAAAUGACACGGUUUUCAUGGCUAACACCUUCUUGGUAUCUCACAGGAAAUUGGGAAUGGCUGGCCAGAAGCUGGGCUCCUCUGCUCUCCUUUGUUACAUCCGCCCUGACACUGCCGACCCAGCAAGUAGUUUUAGCCUGACUGUAGCCAACGUCGGCACGUGCCAAGCGGUCCUGUGCCGCAGUGGGAAACCAGUGCCCCUCUCGAAAGUCUUCAGCCUGGAGCAGGACCCGGAGGAGGCUCAAAGGGUGAAGGCCCAGAAGGCCAUCAUAACAGAGGACAACAAAGUAAAUGGGGUAACCUGCUGUACCCGGAUGCUGGGCUGUACAUACCUCUAUCCUUGGAUCCUCCCUAAGCCCCACAUAUCUGCCACUCCACUUACUAUUCAAGAUGAGUUGCUGAUUCUGGGAAACAAAGCAUUGUGGGAACACUUGUCAUAUACAGAAGCUGUCAAUGCAGUACGCCAUGUGCAAGACCCAUUAGCAGCUGCCAAGAAGCUGUGCACAUUAGCCCAGAGCUAUGGUUGUCAGGACAAUGUUGGGGCGAUGGUGGUUUAUUUGAACAUCGGUGAGGAAGGGUGCACGUGUGAAAUGAAUGGGCUCGCCCUCCCGGGUCCUGUGGGAUUUGCUUCCACCACCGUCAUCAAGGACCCCCCCAAGCCAACCACUCCUUCCUCCAGUAGUGGCAUUGCGUCUGAGUUCAGCAGCGAGAUGUCCACCUCAGAGGUGAGCAGUGAGGUGGGGUCCACUGCUUCUGAUGAACACAACACUGUCGGGCUGGAUGCUGGCUUGCUUCCAAGGCCAGAGAGGCGCUGCAGCCUCCAUCCAACACCCACCUCUGGGGUGUUUCAGCGCCAGCCUUCUUGUGCGACUUUCUCAAGUAACCAGUCUGACAAUGGCCUCGACAGUGAUGACGACCAGCCUGUUGAAGGUGUCAUAACAAAUGGCAGCAAAGUAGAAGUAGAAGUGGAUAUCCACUGCUGUAGGGGAAGGGAUCUCGAGAACUCUCCCACUCUUAUAGAGAAUUCUCCUACCCCACGUCCUGAGGAACAUGCUAGAGGAUCGUUUUUUGGGAUCCGAAGACAGAACAGUGUGAAUAGUGGCAUACUUCUGCCAGUGAGCAAGGACAGGAUGGAGUUACAGAAGUCCCCCUCCACUUCCUGUCUGUAUGGAAAGAAACUCUCGAACGGCUCUGUCGUGCCCCUGCAAGAUAGCCUGAACCUCAUCGAAGUGGCCACAGAAGCACCCAAGAGGAAAACUGGCUACUUCGCUGCCCCCACUCAGCUGGAGCCAGAGGAUCAGUUUGUUGUACCUCGUGACCUGGAAGAAGAAGUGAAAGAGCAAAUGAAGCAACAGCAGGAAAGCAGGCCCGAGCCUGAGCCCAACGAAGAGGGUCGGACCGAGCUCCCGGAGGAGUUUGACACGGCUCUGUAA